AUGGGUUCUAUCACUCCAAAACCUUCUUGCAAAAUCGCCAUUGUAGGAGCUGGUCUAGCGGGUCUUGCUACUGCAGUUAGUCUUCAGAGAGCAGGUCAUCAAGUAACUGUAUUUGAAGUAUACUCUGGAUUAAAAGAGGUGCGAAUCAACGUAGCAACCAACGCGACGAUCCUCUUCCAAGAAUGGGGCAUCCUCCCCGAACUAGAAGAAGUAUCCAUCGAACCCGAAAUCGCACGGAUUUUCUCCCACAAAUCCGAGAUCCUCUCUAAAUUACAAAAUGUGCUUUUUAAAGAAGCUUCUAAAUUGGGUGCUGUAGUGAAUUUUGGGAUUCAGUUACAGAAAAUCGAUUUUGAGAAGUCGAUGCUGGUAUUUAUGGAUGGGUCGACGACGGGUGUUUUUGAUGUUAUAUUAGGAGCGGAUGGGGAAAAAUCUUUUUGUCGAGAAGCAUUGCUUGGUCGAGAUGAUCCGCUCGUUGAUAGCGGUUUUGAUAUUUACCGCGCAACGGUGAAGAUUGAUGACGUGGCUGAGCAGCCGGAACUGGCUGGCUUGGUGAAUGUUCAUAGUAUUAAUAUGUGGAUUGGUCCCGAAGGUCACACGGUGACUUAUCCGAUUAAGAAGGGGAAUUUACUCAAUAUUGUGCUGACUCAUGAACAUGAGUCUGACGCUUCGACAGUAGCUGGACCUGUACCAGUGGGCUCGGAAGUUGUUCAUGAAGCUUUUGAGCAUUGGAGUCCGGAGUUUCACCAGCUGUUGAGUUUGCCUACUGCGUGGAUGAAAAGAAGAAUGAUGUAUUCUCCCGAAUGUACAUCUUGGCUACACCCUUCUGGCCAUUUCGCUCUUAUUGGAGAUUCAGCCCAUGGAUCUCCACCAUAUCUGUAA